CAAUAAUAAAAUGCCAAAGUCAAAAGCUGCCCAGAGCAACUUCUUUAUCUCAAAAAUAAAGCAGGAGUUAAUGGCUCAGUACGGUGCAUGAAAUGAGAACCUAAUUAACAAGCACAUAUAAUCUCCUUGAGCCACAACAAACUUAAGGUUGACAAACAACACUACGAAAUACACAAGGAAAGGAUCGCUAAGAAGAUCGAUAAAGCUAUAAAUAGAACGCCAGAUACUACCAUCACAGACGUGAAGAACUUCGCGGCAGCUAAAAAUAAAACAAUGGACUCUCUCAAAGAGAAGAGCUCUGUCCUACCUGAUAUCCAGAAGAAGGAUUUGAAACUCCCCCUCCCGAUUCGAGAGACGACUGCAAGAUUGAAUAAUAGCAGGAAAUCUUCCCUGGAAAACAAGCAAACUAUUGACUCUUCACCGAUAAAGAGAGAGACUAGCACCCAGAAAUCGAAUGGGAAUGAGUAUGAUUUCAAGGAUAAUCAGCACUCCAUGAUGAAACCUAAGAUGAAAUAAGAAAUUUUUCGGAAGAAAUAAUAUCAGCCUUGACCGCUCGAAAGAUCCAAUCAAGAAGAACAUAAUUCAGCUGAAGAACAGCUAUAAUAUGACUGGAGGGAGGAGCCCAAAAGACUCCGUCUCUUCUGGGUUCAACCAGAGCACUACUUCAUCUUAUGCAGGGGACAAAUCCCCCUACUGGGACCUUCUCUCUCUGAACGAUGUCAGAGAGCACGAAAAAGAGGUAGAAAAGAAGAAAGAAGCCAAGCGUAGAGCCCAAAACCAUCUCAAAGCCUGUCUUGAAGGCCAGAUGCGGGAGAAAAACGUGAAGGAUAAUAUCUCAAAAUUCGACCUCAGAUCUUCUAAGAACGAACUGUUGCUCGACAAGAUGAAAUUACUCGAAAGAGGCCAUCUUCAAAAGGCAAAUAUGCACCUAAGAUCUAUCGAUAGAGACAUGAAGAAAAUCGAGGAUAAAAGAGAUGCUGAUAAAUACCUCCUUCAAUCUUCAAUGCGAAUUCCUCAAACCCACAGCUCUCAUGACUUUAGCAAGUCAAAGAGCAUGGUUAGGGAGAGUCAGGAGCAUAACCCGAUGAUGAGUCUAGACUUCAGGAGAAGGCAGAAGAAUUUCAAAGAUUCACUUGACCAUAUCAUUCACAGUCGUAAAGAGGCAAAUAAAGAGCAUGAACAUAUUAUCAAGAGACAAGACCUUGAAAAUAUGAGAUAUGAGAAUGAUGUGCUGCUUAAGCUAGAGCAUGACCAGAAGAACAACAUGCUCACAAAGGUGAAGAACCCUCUCCAGAACUUAGACCAUUCCUACAACCCGAACUUAUCUUUAGCCUCCCAACAGGCAGAUAAACUUCAUUAUGACUACGUCUCUCAGAAAAUUUUGGAACGGCAAAAGAAGGAGAAUGAGAAAUAUGACAGAAGAGAUCGUGAAAGAAAAGAGAGGCUCAUGGAAAUCCAAAAGUAUCAAAGAUAUCAAAUGAAUGAUAAAAUAGCAGCAAAACAUGCUUCAAAGAGCAAAGAGAGACUUAUCUCAAAACAUAUAAUAUCUAAGGACUUGGAUGAGAUGAAUCAAUUUCAGAAUAAGCAAAAUAUGAUCAGAAAGCAAAAGACUCAGAUGGUCAAGCAACUCUUAGAUGACCAGAUACAACAAGAUAGAGUAUUUAAGAGUAAUGAUGAGCUAGAGGAAAGAGAAUUUGCCCUGAAUGCAAAUAAGAUUAGAUCUAUCAUUGACAAAUACUAAUUUCUACAAAAAUUAUUCAAA